UUCCUGACGGCGUGAAGACGUACAGUCUCGUUGCCAUCACCGACAUGGACGAGGACGCAAGGAGCGUCACUAAUUGGACAUGGCGUGCGGUCACAAGAAAAGGGAAUUUGACGAUCGACGAAAAUGUUAAAAACAUCACAGUAACCUGGGCGAAUGACUCGGAUGAGAAUCUGAUCACACAUCUGAAUUGGAAAGGACGGGCUAUGGAACUAUCCGAUUUGUCCAGUUUUAAUGGUCGACUUCUUUCACCGGACGAUAAGACAGGAAUGCUGUACGAAAUCAAAGGCGGAAAGGCGAUACCUUGGUUGUUCCUUAAUUCUGGACCCGGUAACACCUCAUAUGGAAUGAAGGCUGAAUGGACAACUACAAUAGGAAAAUAUCUUUUCGUUGGAAGUCACGGCACGGAGUAUAAAAGCAAAAAUGGAAAUGUCAUCAGUGAAGACCCAAUGUGGAUCAAAAUCGUUUCCAAAAAUGGAGAAGUUAGAAGUUGUAAAUGGAAGUGCAUUUACAAAAAACUUCGUCGUGUCGUUAACAUCACCGAACAGGGAUACCUAAGUCACGAAGCUGUGCAGUGGUCCCCAUAUCACAGGAAGUGGUUCUUUCUUCCAAGAAAAGAAUCAAAUACGGCUUACAAUAAAACGCAAGACGAAAAAAAAGGCACUAAUCUUCUAAUCAUUGGAAAUCCGAAUCUUACACAAUUUGAAGUUGUUAGAAUAGGAGAACUUAACCACUCCGAACGUGGAUUUUCGGCAUUCGAAUUCAUUCCUGGAAAGAAUGACACGCUUAUUGCUGCUUUGAAGUCUGAGGAGGUCGGCAACCAACCGCCGCAGAGCUACAUUACCGUGUUCAACAUUUCUGGUCAUGUGCUCCUCGAUGAUCAGAAACUCGAUAAUCAAUACAAAUUUGAGGGUAUUUAUUUUCUCUAA